AUGUCGCAAGUACGCAAACCGGAACCUGCGCAUCGUGUUCAUGGGUCUGAGAUGCCGUUCCAUGUCCAUGACAAUACGUCUGCUUCGAGGGCUUCAGAUGCUCCUCGCCCAGAGUUGAACGGAUUGCCGAAUCGUCAGAAUAGCGUGCAGACACGGUAUAUGACUAUGCUGCUAGCUCUUGAUACCAUACCGAGGCUUCAUAAUAUCCUUGCUUCGUUUUUUACUUGGAUCCUCCUAGCAGGCUUCGUCAUAUUCCCCGGGACAUUUACCUCCCUGCAAACCCUCUCCCCCACCUCCCCGGCCCUGACCUCCAGCACCGCCUCCCACAUCCUAUCAUCCACCAAACACAUCCCCCUCCUCGUCAUCGCAUCCACAUCCUCCAUCCUCGGCGCGCUGGGCAUGCUGUACCUAUGGUUCGCACAUAAAGACAACCCCGUCUGGCUCCUAAACCGCAUCUUCCUGCCCGGCUGCCUGAACUCGUUCGCAGGGUUCAUCAGCACGCUGGUCAAUGUGUAUUCGCAGCAAGGGGGCGAUUGGAGUGUGACGGCGAGGGUUACGGCGGCUGUGACGGGCGCGUGUAUGGUCAUUAUGGGGGUGCUGUUUGGGGUGUAUGAGUUUUGGGUGCUGGGGAGGAUUAAGAGGAGGCAUGGGAGGGAGAUGCAGUUGCGGGGCUUGGAGGGAAGUGGGGCGCAUCGUGGGAGGGAGGGGUUGGUGGAGAAGGUUGGGAGGAAGGCGAGGGAGCCGGCAUUGGAACCGGGGAGUGUGGUUUGA